CUUCCACCCGCACAAGUCAACGACCGCUUGCCCCACGUCGGACAAUCAUUCAACGCCGGGGUGCCUCCUCGCCACAACUGGAGCCGUGCCACCCUCCUCCCCCCCCCUGCUGCUCCGUGCUGCUGCGACAUCCAUUUCUGUUUCCUCACUUGUCACGCCUGCUCGUCUGCGCAACUGGCUCUCUCCUCCCUCGCCCGCAGGUGUAUAUAUUGCGCUGCGCCCCUGAGCUACAUCGUCUCUGGCUGUCUGCAAAAGAGAAUCCACCGGUGAUAAGCUCGUCACAGCUCUCGUGCUAUCGCAUCCCCAGCACCGCCCCUCGUUUCAAAACCGUCAUCCCCGCUGUCGACCUCGCGCUCCGACCGACUCGAAACCAGCCAGCCAGCCAGCCAGCCAGCCAGCCCCGAAGUAAUAGCCCAGCGCCGCGACCGACAUGGCAGACAACGCCGAGGCGGGCGGCGACGCCCAGGUCACCUUCAAGGUCAAGACGUCGUCGGACAGCACGCACACCAUCACCAUGGCCGAGUCCGCUACCGUCCUCGAGCUCAAGACCAAGCUCGCCGGCGAGGACAUGGAGAACAUCCCCGUCGAGCGCCAGCGGUUAAUCUACUCGGGUCGUGUCAUGAAGAACGACGAUAGCCUCGGCACCUACAAGAUCAAGCCCAACAACACCAUCCACAUGGUAAAGAGCGCCGCCAGCAACCCCACCCAGCCAGCCUCAUCUUCGACGCCCACGCCGCAGGCCGUGCCCACAAACAUGGCGUCGGGCACCGCCAACAACCCUCUCGCCGGCCUCACCGGCGCCCGGUACGCCGGCCACCAGGUCAAUCUGCCAGGGAUGGACAUGUUUGGCCCCGACGGCGGCAUGGGCCCGCCCAUGGACGAGGACGGCAUCCGGCGCAUGAUGUCGGAUCCCAAUGUCCAACAGGCCGUCAACGAGGCCUUCAACAACCCCGACUUUGUCAACAUGCUCAUCCAGUCGAACCCCAUGCUGAGGAAUAUGCCUGGCGCCCGAGAGAUGAUGCCCUUCUUGCGACAGGUCAUGACCAACCCGGCCAUGAUGGACCAGGUCAUGCAGAUGCAGCGCUUCAUGCAAGGAGGCGACUCGUCGUUUCCGGCUCCCGGCGCCACCGAUUCUGCCGCCCAAGGCCGGGACGGCGCAUCCGCCGGCGGCGACGGCAACAACGCGACGAACCAACAGAACCCCUUCUUGAACCCCUUCUUGAUGGGCAUGCCCGGUGGCGGCGCCGGCGGCGAGGGCCGUCCCAACAUCAGCCAGAUGAUCCAGGCACUGAACAGCAUGGGCCCCAACCCCUUUGGAGCGCCCCCCGCGGCCGGCACCGAGGGGGCGCAAGGCCAGGAGUCGCGAGAGGGAGGCGCCGCUGCCACUGCUGGCGGCCAGCAAACAGGCACACAAAGUGGAGGCGCCACGGAAUCGACUCAGGGCAGCAAUCAGGGCCAGCAGCAGGCAAACCCGUUUGCGGCUUUGUUCCCUCCGCAGGGCGGCGCGGGGGCCAACAACCCAUUUGGCAUGAACCCCGAAAUGAUGCAGCAGAUGAUGCAGAUGCUGGGCGGAGGAGCGGCGUCGCCCAGCGCCCCGCCGGAUAACCGGCCGCCGGAGGAGCGGUAUGCGGAGCAGCUGCGACAGCUCAACGACAUGGGCUUCUUCGACUUUGACCGCAACGUGGCUGCGCUGAGACGAAGUGGAGGCAGCGUUCAGGGUGCCAUUGAGCACCUGCUGAACGCGCUGGAUUAGACAAUGAUGCAAGGAUACCGACUCUGCGUGAGCGGACGAGAGACUACGACAGGUUACGGCUCAUGGCGACGCGAGGACGUCGGCCGCUUUCUCGGAGGCGUCAACGGCUGAGGAGACACGCCCAUGUUGUUGCUGGUGGUGGUGCAGUGCAGUGUACAGCCGCUGGAGCGGCUAACAAGACCUGAAUAGGAGAUACCUGGGCAUGCCAAUCGUGCCUUUGCCGUGAUGCUGGGCAUUGGGAAAUACUAGUAUCGCAACUCUAACUCUUGAGAGUGCAGCUUUGCCACGUGUAAUGUACAACGGCGAUAUUGAGCUGCGUGUCGCGAGG